UCGAUGUCGUCCUGCAUUAUUCCUGAACAUCUGGCGUUCUUCUGGUCAAAGCCAAAGAAAUUCAGCCACCUCCCCGUUCGUGCCUGUUACAGUUAGCAGCGCCUGCAUGCGAUUCAGAAGCGGCUAGGCGACUCCUGGGCCCUGCUGCGCAAAUCUCUCCGGCCUCCUCGGGUUCAAUCGACUUUUUGACAUCGUGUAGGAUCCUGCAUCACAAUCCCACGACCAUCCUCCGUGCUUCAGACAUCUCGACUGCGCCGCCCCCGGUCAUCAGGAUCGCUGUCUUCUUUGACAGCGCCGGGAUGUGAUUGAGGCCUUCGAUCCCAGCGCAAUGGCAAUCCGCAUCAACCUCCCUCCCGUUACUCGGGUCCUUCUUGGGAUUCUUGUGUCCUUAUCCUUCCUCUACAACAUUGCCCGAUGGAGGCUGUCGACAGACAAUGCGAGUGUUGGCGACCCGGCAACUACGAAUCCGCCCGUGCGCCCCAUUGUCCCAUAUCUAGCCUUGGUGCCUUCUCAAUGUAUAUGGUAUCCUUGGACGUUUCUCAGCGCAACCUUUGUCGAGCAAAAUAUCCUUACCCUCCUGAUCAACGGCAUCAAUAUUUUCUUUGGUGGGAAAUACCUUGAAAGAGCGUGGGGAACUCAGGGUUUUGUCUACGUUAUCCUGAUUUCUUCUAUAAUACCCAAUCUCCUGAUGGUCGCGACCUACAUCAUCUGGGGCGCCCUUACCGGUAAUCCUGAAAGCGCCAUGAUUCCCAUAACGGGGGGCAUUUCGACACAGGCGGCAUUCCUGGUUGCCUUCAAGCAGCUCGUCCCCGAACAUACCGUCAGCAUAUACAAGGGCAUGAUCAAGAUGCGCGUCAAGCACUUUCCGGCAGUUUUCCUCGCGCUGAACACCUUGUCGGGUCUGAUCAUCGGCACCGACGUUGCUCUUUUCCUCGCUUGGUACGGAUUGAUCACAACUUGGACAUACCUCCGCUUCUACAAGCGCCAGCCUGAUCUAUCAGGGACGGGGACCGAUGGCCGGGGCUUGAAGGGCGAUGCUAGCGAAACAUUCGCCUUUGCGACGUUCUUUCCUGAUGUCAUCCAACCACCAAUUGCCGCAUUUUGCAACCAAGUCUACAUUCUACUGUGCAAUCUGAAGAUCUGCACGCCUUUUUCGGAGGAAGAAAUUGCGACUGGAAAUGAACAAGCCGCUGCGAGAGGGGAAGCAGGCCUUCCGAGUUUCAACAAACACGCACGCGGAGCACGGGGCAUGAGCAAACGGGAAGAGGCCGAACGACGGCGCGCGCUGGCCCUCAAGGCAUUAGAUGAACGGCUCAAUGCUGCAGCCAGUCGAGCGCCCGUUCAGCCAACCACGACGAGUGCGCCCGACUUGCCAAAAGGACAAGAGAUGCUCGGACAAACCGACUAUCGCCCAGAUGAAUGACUUCCUUUCUGUGAUUGGUUGCCCUGGGCGGAAAUUAGAUAUAUAUAUAUAUAUAUAAUUCUUUCUGGCAAGAGAUCCUGAUUCCCUCUGUUCCCUACCGAAUGGUAUCAGCAUGUUGGAAUGUUAUAGCUUAACUCUG